AUGUUUAGCUUUUUGAUCGGUGUCUGCCUGCUGGCAAGUUACGCCGAGUCCUCCCAGUUUAAAUCCUUGGACCGUUCGAUUGCCGAGUGUGCCAAGUAUGCACAACACCCGGAACGAAGCCUCGACGAUGUCACGCUUUAUCCCAAAACCGAGCGUUUCAGUGAUCUGAUCCACUGUUCCGGACUCGUUUUGAAGGUUUGCAACAACGAGAAAGGGGCGUUGCCGCACGUCGUGGGAAAUUACUUCCACCCGGAUCCGGAAGACAGCUGCUUCAAGGAUAGGUACAACAAUUGCAGACAGGUAGCUCGGGUCGGUUUGUGUCCUGGUGAUUUCGAAGGUCGAGCUUAUGCGGAUUUUACAUGUUUGUACGAAAAUUACGGUACUAUGCAGCGGGGACCACAGUUUGUUCCGGCAUCAGACUUACAGGAACAACAAUACGUUAGAGAGGUUUUCCGAAUUUUUCAAGUUCCGGAACAGGUACUGAAGGACUAUAGCGAAGGAAAAUUUGAACAGCUUGUGUUGACUGAAAGGUUGAUCCGAUCGUUCUUGAUAAAGACUAAACUUUACAGUGAUGUCAACGGAUUCGAUAUUCUGAAAAUUUCUAAUGAAGAUGAAAAUGGAAAGUAUAUCUCUGAGGAGUCGAAGAAUUGUCUCCAGGAGGAUAAAUCCAAAUUGAUCGAAAACAGAUCUAUAAAUUACUGA